GUAGACUGCAUCUGGUUCUGCAGCRGAACUGGUUUUGGACCUGAAGUUUUUUGUUCUGUUUAAAUGUUUUAAAUCAGUUCAAACAUCAAAGUUCUGUUUGAUCCUCUUGGGUUCUGGUGGGUUGGUUUCAGAACCAGCAGUGAUGUUCUGACCCAGACACGGAGUUCUGUUGGAACAAGGAAUGUGACCUCUGUUCUAUAAAAAAUCCCUGAAACAAAAACAGGAAGGAGAACACGUGAUCUCCAUCGGGAAAGUUUCCUGUUUUUUCCACAGACUGGAAGUCUGGACCGGUCCGGGACCUGAAACUGGAUCAGUUGGAGAACUUUAUCAGAACAAUCGGCUGGUUUGAGUUUUUUUGAUCCAUCAGUUUCGUUUUAAAAUCAUGUUUAUUUUAUUCAAAUAAACAUAAUAAAUACAAUGAAGUUCUCAUGCUUUUAUUUUCUUAAGCACGACUUCCUGCUGCAGUGAGCCAAAGGUUCUGAAAAUAAUGAAGUUGUUAAAAUUAAAUUUAUUUUCUCAUUAAAUCUUCAAAGUUUAGAUGUUUUUCAGCAGCCAGACUUAACGGUCCGAUCCAGACUUUCUGAAGUUCUUUCUGAGGCUUUUAUUUUGAAAAAACAUUUUCAGGAGAUCUUUUUUUUUUUUAAACCUGAGGAAUUCUGGAUCCUUUGAGUCAAAACUUAGAUAUAAAAAACUAAAUUAAAUUCAGAACCGUUUAACUGGACCGGGAAGAAACCUCAGAACCUGAGUUUAUGGACAGUUUCCAGUGAAUCCGAACCCUGAACAGAGCUGGUUCUGAUCUGGGACCAGUUCUCUCUGCGAGGCGGAGUCAGCUGGGUCUCAUCAGCCCCUCAGGCGGACUCAGACCCCAGUCCAGUUCUGACCCAGUUCAGACCGCCAUGGAGUCCAGCGGCACCGUUCUGUUCCUGGUUCCGAUCCUCCUGUCGAGCCUCCCGGUGCUGUCAGCGGGUCCGGGCUGCGGUCCGUGCGACCCGGGUCGGUGCGCUCCGCUCCCGGUCCGGGGCUGUCCCGCCGGGUCGCUGCGGGACGCGUGCGGCUGCUGCCCGGUCUGCGCGGCCGCGGACGGGGAACUGUGCGGGGGUCGCAGCGCGGGAGCGCGCCGCUGCGGGUCCGGACUGGAGUGCGUGAGGAGCAACAAGAAGAGCAGGAUGGGCGUGUGCGCGUGCAAGAGCAACUACCAGGUCUGCGGGACKGACGGAACCACCUACCUGAGCGGCUGCGCGCUGAAGACCGCCAGCCUGGCAGCCCAGACCGAGGGCAAAGAACCCAUCAUGGUCCAGAACAAAGGGCGCUGCUCCACAGCUCCUGUCAUCGUCACUCCUCCAGGUGAGGUGUUUAAUGUCAGUGGCUCCCAGGUGUACCUGAGCUGUGAGGCAGUGGGCGUGCCCACACCUGUCCUCACCUGGAAGAAGGUUCUUGGAGGGACCAGGAAGACGAAGCUGCUUCCAGGAGACCGGGACAAUCUGGCGAUCCAGACCAGAGGAGGACCAGAGAAACAUGAAGUGACCGGCUGGGUUCUGAUUUCCCCUCUGACCCAAGAAGAAGAAGGGUCAUACGAGUGUCACGCCACCAACGCCAUCGGUGAAGCUUCAGCUGUCGGGGCCAUUCACCUGGUGGAGUCGGUCGAUGACAUCAUCAUAAAGACAGUGAUGGAGGAGGCGGAGCCAUGAUGGAAUAAACGUCACAGAGCUGAAGAGCUGUGAAACGCUGAAGACUAAACUUUUAUUUCGCUUUUUUAAAAUUUAGACCUUUACAAGUUCUUAAAUUUUACCCAUUAAUCCAACACUUAUUUUGUACGUUUUAAAUCAACAGUAGAAACAAGUGAAAGUGUUUCGGACAUCUCAUUAUAGAUUUUCUCUCUGCUUCACGUUUCUUUGGAUCUGCUUUCAGAUUUCAAAAUAAUGGUUCAAAUAAAAGAGUAAAAGCCCA